AUGUCUCUUAUUUCUGAUUGGUCCGAAGAAAAAUCAGCAAUCGUGGCUUCCGUUAAUAGUACCAGUGCAGCAGCCAAGUAUCCUUCGCCGCCAUUAGGUGAUUAUUAUUCGAACUAUGUCGCUGCAGCGUCAUCCAUGGCGGGGAGUGAUCCAACUGCAUUGAAGUUUGGAUAUUCUGAUCCGACGAAAGGCGUGCAAUUUGCUUUUGGUUUUCCUCAACAUCCCGAUUCGUUUUCGGCAUUAUCAUAUAAUGGCUCAUCACAAAGAAAACAAAGACGUGAACGAACGACAUUUACCCGCGCACAACUUGAUCAGCUUGAAACAUUAUUUGAUCGAACACGGUAUCCUGAUAUAUUUAUGCGUGAAGAAGUUGCAUUGAAAGUCAAUCUACCCGAAUCGAGAAUACAAGUAUGA